AUGUUAAUGUACUGUAAAUGUUACUAUGGUGUCACGAGCUUACGCGACGUUAAGCUUCUUGUCAAACCUUCGAUCGUCGUGAAGGGUGGAACGGCAGCACUGAUUUGUUCAAGGGACAUGCAGGGCGCUCCUUUGUACUCUGUCAAGUGGUAUCGGGGGAUCCAUGAAUUUUUUCGGUACACACCACUUGAGGAACCUGAUACUAGAGUGUUCGGUCUGCCAGGCAUUUAUGUGGACAUGAAUCGUUCCAAUGGCACGCAAGUGUUGCUUCGACGGUUGGAACUUGGCUUGGCUGGAAACUUUACCUGUGAAGUCACUGCUGACUCUCCAUCGUUCACAACACAAAUUGCAACGAAGUUUAUCGAUGUUAUAGCGUUACCAACAUCGAUGCCUGUUCUAGUGACGGACAAGGAUCGCUAUCAGCCUGGAGAGACACUGCUGGCUAACUGCACUUCAGCUCCCGCAAGACCAGCUGCAAACCUCACCAUAUUCGUUAAUGAGGCGCCAGUGAGAUCAACGGAAACUAGUUUUCAUACUACGGAAAACAAUCUUCUGAUAACAAACGUGAAUGUGGAGUUGAAGAUUAGACCAGAACUGUUUCCUGGAGGAAGAUUAAGAGUUUCUUGCUACGCUACCUUAUACGAUAUUUAUAAUGGAUCAGCUAAACUUGACUUCUUAACGCCAGAAACAGACCCAAGACCUGAAAGAAUUACAUUGGGAAGCGGUGCCGGAACCAGCUUAUUCAAUUGGUUUCUUCUAUUCAUCAUUCUUCUUCUACCCUUCAUGGUAACGGCAGAAGAUUAUGGUGUAUAUGAAGAUUAUUUAGAAAAUCUUCUGCCAAGUUACGAUGAAGAGACUGAACAAAACGUCAUAGAUUCCCUUUUUGGAGGUUGA